AUGGAAGUAGAGGAAGGUGAGCGGUUACCGUUCCUGAACGUUGAAGUUAUUCGUUCUAAUGGAACGCUGAAAAAGAAAUCGUUGAGAAAGAAGUCCUAUGCUGGGAUAAUACUCAAUUUUCGGUCCCAUCACAAUUACAGGCUAAAUAUUGGACUACUGAGGAGCAUGAUCAUCAGGAGCCUACGCCUGACGGUUGCAGAAUUCUGGGAUGAGGAGCUGGAGAAAUUGACAGGGAUCUUCCUCGGUAAUGGCUACCCAAGCGAAGUGAUACAAAGAAACAUACGGGCCUUGAAAAGUCGAUGGCUGACGGGGACUAUGAAAGGAGAGUAA